GUCUUUUAAUAUUGGACGUUACGCGGUAACAAUAGUGUAUUAUCAUGAAUUCACAAUCUCUUGAAGACAACGACAUUUUACAUGAUUCGUCAUAUGCGAAUUGUGACAUCAAAAAACGUCAACGUUCUGAUAAGAUUUCAAAUCUUAUGGGUCAGUAUCUUUUGAAAGGAUGGAGAAUGUUAAACGAAUCUUGUCCUAAAUGUGAGACCAUUCUUUUCCAACAGCCAAAUGGUCAGUAUUAUUGCGUAGCUUGCUUAGAAGUUGAUCAGGAAAAAUCCAAUUCUAUUAAAGAACCAUUGUUAGGUAACCAACACUUACUGAACAAAUCACAAAAUUUCUCGACAGCAUCGUCACCAUUUCGUAGUGAUGUUGACACUGGUUUACCAAAGAAAUCCACUGAUGCUCAGAUGAAACCGCUUUCCGAUAAUAAAAAAACUUCAACAAAUGCAUGCAGUGAAAUUAGUAUACUGACAGAACUACGUGAAAAAAUCCAUUGGUCUAUGUCUCAAUUGGUGGAGACUACUACACCUAUGGAAAUCCGGCAAUGGGUGGAUACACUCAAGUCUUUAUUAGAUCUAUGGGAUAAAUUGUUAAAAUCUAAUUUUGUCAAGUGCUAAUAUCAAGAAAGCCAUAUCAUAAAUGCAAGCCGAUACUAAAUGUAUUUUUGUGAAUACAGUUUUACUAAAAUUUAACAAGAUUAUGUUUUCUUCCGUAUUUUGUUAUUGUAAUUUUUACUUUGCAAAUUUUGUGCGAUUUCUGACUGAUAUAGUUUCAUAGAACACUAAUCCGCAUUUUUAUACUACUCUGAUGUGAUCAAUAAUGCAUAUGUGACCUUGAAGAGAACUUAUAUUUAGGAAAAAUUUCAUUCAUCAAUAAGCUUGAUUAGUGUAGAUCUUACCGUUCUGUUCAACAAAUAUUUACUUCGAGAUUUUAGAACGAAAAAACUCAUAGAAAUACCUUAUAAUGAUGUAUUCGUUCUUGUGAGUCUCACUUGUUAAUAAUGCAACCGAAAAAUCUAUCAGUUAGUGAUAAUCUAUAAGAUAGUAUAUAUUUGUAUUUAGAC